AUGCAGUCCCCUCCCGACUGGCCCCCAACGCCCGGCGGCCUGCGGCCCUCUCCCUUCCCGCACCCUGCCCUGCACGCCCUGCACCGCCUGGCCCGAGCCCUGCUCUUUCCGGCUUACUGGGCUCUGGACCAGCUGCUGGGCUGCGGGGCGCCGCUGGCGCGCGCGAACCACCGCCGCGCGCUGAGAGCGGCCGCGGGCGCCGUGGGGGCGCUGCUGCUGCUGCUCCUGGCCGGCCUGCCCCUCGCCCUGCCCGGCCUGCUGCUCUGGCUGCCCCUGCAGGCUUGGCGCCGCCCCUUCUGCUAUCGGCCCCCUCCGGAGUGCUGGGCGCCCCCGGCGCCCUGGCGCCCUCCCGCUGAGCCCGCGCGCUGCUUCGGCUUCCUCAGCGCGAACCUGUGCCUGCUGCCCGACGGCCUAGCGCGCUUCAACAACUUGCGGCACAGCCAGCGGCGCGCCGAGGCCAUGGGCGCCGUGCUGCUCGCCGGUCUGCGGCCCUCGCGCUAUGGGACUACGGGCUGCAGUCCGCCAGGGCCGGGGACGCCCGGUGGGACGCUGAUAGCCGCGGUGCCGACGGGGCUGGACUUCGUGUGCCUGCAGGAGGUGUUCGACCUGCGCGCGGCGCACCGCCUCGUCGGCCGCCUAGCGCCCUACCUGGGCCCGGUGCUGUACGAUGUGGGCUCCUUCGGCCUGCAGCCCGGACCGCACCUCAAGCUGCUCGGCAGUGGGCUGCUGCUGGCCUCCCGUUAUCCGCUGCUGCGCGCCGCCUUCCGAUCCUUCCCCCAAGCACGGCGCGAGGACGCGCUGGCCUCCAAAGGACUGCUUUCCGCACAGGCGCAGGUGGGCAUCCUGGACGGGCGCCGCAUCGUGGGCUUCCUGCACUGCACGCACUUGCAUGCGCCGAGCGGGGACGCGCCCUUGCGCUGCAAACAGCUGACGCUUCUGCUGGACUGGAUCCAACAGUUUGAAGCCCAGAGCCGCCAGGGGGGCGAUGCCGUGGCCUUCAGCGUGCUUCUGGGUGACCUAAACUUCGACAACUGUUCUUUAGACCACGCAGAGGAGCAGGAGCACGAGCUCUUCAGCCACUUCCGGGACCCCUGCCGGCUGGGCACUCGCCGGGAGCAGCCCUGGGCCCUGGGCACGUUGCUCAACACCUCCACCCUGCGCCACUCGGUGGCCUGCUCCUCGGAGAUGCUGCGGAGGGCCCUGGAGCAGGAGGAGGGGCGCCACCGCUACCUGGCAGGCCCUCCGGGCGAGGGCCCCCGGACUAAGCCUUGGCGGGGCCGGCGCGUGGACUAUGUCAUGUACCGGGGAGUGGCCGGAGGCCCGCUGAGUCCAGAGGUGGAGCACGUGACCUUCAGCACCGCCCUGGCGGGGCUCACUGACCACCUGGCCGUGGGACUUCGGCUCCGAGUGUCUGCGCCCCCCUGACGCACGCACGCAGGCACCAGCCGGGGUGGAAAGACGGACACGGACGCAGAGCGUGAGCCUGGCCAGUUGCCGCAGGGACGGGGCGCCUUAAGAGCUGUUUAUUGUGGGGGCCGUCCGUCACACUGCCUCCUGGGCCCUGCGGUACUCGUAGACGCUGCCGCGCUCCGGGAAGGCUGGGGGCUGCUGGGGCGACCCCGGCGGCGGCGGCGGCGGUGGCGGGGCGGGGUCAUCCGGGUCCCCGUACCCCCCACCGCCCGGUGUGUGCAGGCAGAACACGUCCUGUGGAACAGGGGACAGGCUCAGCACGGGCAUGCCCUCCCCGCCAGGCUGCCUCCCGCUGCGGCCCCAGCCACCAUCCCUCCCUCCUCGGCAGCCCGCCUGGACCACGGAGGCCCGGCGCUCGCCCUCUGCCCUUCAGAAACCAAAUUAAAUUCAGUUUCCGGUCA